AUGUAUCACAAUCACCAAGCCAUAGUUAAUCUCUUUGGAGGAAACGGUCCUCUUUGUCUCUCAUUCGAACCACACGAUGAUCACACUGUUUCCGAUUUGAAGCGUCGACUUGCUUCCAUGACCCAUAUUGAUACGACCGAUCAACGCAUAAGCACUCUUGGUGGUCGACCUCUCUCAGAUGACGAUUUGCUAUUCAAUGAUCCUCAAGGCCCUGUUACGUUCAACCUUUCCUUGCGUCUCUUGGGUGGAAAGGGUGGUUUUGGAUCUAUGCUUCGUGCUCAAGGUGGCCGCAUGAACGCUCAAAAGACAACCAACUUUGAAGCAUGCCGUGAUCUUCAAGGAAGACGUAUUCGUACCGUUAAUGAAGAGCGCAGACUUCAAGAUGCAUUGGCAGCUCAACCAGAGAUUGAACGUGCGAGACAAGAAGCAAUCAAAAAGAAGAUUGAAGAUGGCCUCAAGGAACGUGAACCAAAGAAGUUUCGAUUCGAUGAUACGCAGUUUUUGGAGGAUCGUGAACAAGCAAUGGAAGGUGUUAAGAGUGCAGUCAGCAGCAUCUUGAAGAAGCAAACCAAGAAACCUAAACAACAGGUCGUUGCUAUGUCACUUCUCUUUGACGAUGAAAUGGAUGACGAUGAUGACGAAGACGACGAAGAAGAUGAUGACGAACAACCCAAUGACGCUGAAGGUGACUCUGAAUCGCAGCAACAACAAGACACCCAAAAGUCAUCCUCAGAGAAGGAGUCAACAAAAGAUAAAGGAAAAGGCAAAAUGUCCACGACCUCAUCCAAAGGAAAGCAAUCAGCAUCAUCUUCCGGCAACGAUGACAAUGAAGAGGAUGACAAUGAAAACAACAACAACAACAAAAACCUUCUUUCUGAUUUCAUGGAAGCCAACUAUGACGAAGAAUACGACAGCGAAGAAGAUGAGGAUUUUGAAGAGAACGAUGAAGAUGAGGGAUCAAGCUCGGAUGAAGACUUGGAAGAGGAGGAUUUUGAAGCCGAAGAGGAGGAGGAUGAACCAACCGACACAGCAGCAGCAACCAAGGCCUCAUCAUCAGGAUCAUCCAAGGAGGACAAAGGAAAAGGAAAGGUGACUCGAAAGCGCAAAGAAAGAGACGAGUAG